UCAGUGCACAAACACCAGCACGCACAUACUACUCCCUCUCACACAGACACAUACACUCUCAGCAACCUGAGCCUGAACAGGAUGGAGAAAAUAACUGCCACUGUUCUUACAGUUAUAGGUGCCUUGUUGGUUACAGCUGUUGUCAGCAAAAAUACAGAGCUCACCACUGUUUCUCAUCCUGGGUUACAAAACACCUCCAGUAAUGAUUCCAUUUCAGCUGAAGAUGAAGGAGAGAGUAAUACGACCACAAGUGUCAUUGCUAACACCACCUCAAGCAGUACUACACCAGAAAAAGUUCAAUCUCCAGAAAAUAAAACAUCCAUCAACAAUACUGCUUCACCUGGUUCUGUUACCAAAACCACACCCAGCAAGAUAGCAGCAGAUACAGUCACACCUGGACCAAAAACUGACAACUCUUCCAAUAAACCUGACAGCACGACUGUGAGAGGAAAAACCUCACCUUCAAAACCAGCAACAACUCAGCAGACUAUGACAAAAAAACCUCCUGUGCCCUCUUCAAACAACAGAAUAACAUACAUCAUCAUCUUCACCAUUGUCAUGGUGUGUCUUAUUGUUGCCAUCGUUUAUUGCUGUUUUCAGAACAAAACCAGAAGGUUCUCUCUAGAACAUAGCAAAAAUGAAGAUGCUCAGAUUCCACUUAGUGCAGUGGAGCCUGAAGUGUUUGAGGCCAGCCCACCUAAAGACAUGCAAACCUUCAGUGCUGCUGAAUUCACCAUUGCAGCUAACAGUGCCCCACCAGCAGAUGGAGCGGAGAAGCAGGAAGGGGAAAAAGCAGCGACUGAACCCAAUCAGCAAGAAAAGGAGAGCUCAACUGGCACCCAGACCACUGUGCCACUAAGUGAUAAACCCAGCGAGCUCACUGUUGUGGAUCUGAGUGAUGGAGAUCCAGCUAUUUCUACCAAGACCUCAGUGGAGUCUCUGGAUGUGCCACUUAAUGAAAACAAUAGCAACAACCGAGCACAAGCAAACAUGCGUGAUUUUAGUGGUGACUUCACUGAGAUCUCCCUUGAUGAUGGACUUUAAGUCAAGCAAAAAAUACUGAGGAGAAAACGACUAACCCACGUUACUGGAAACAUGAGCCUGCUUAACGGACAAAGAACCCAAAAGAAAUAUAUAUUUUGUCAAAAAUAUGUCUUUUACCAACUCUGUUUUACCAAGCUCUUAUACCAGCAUAUUAUUUUCAGCAAAACAGCUUUAAGAGAUGCUAUAAAUAUUACUUUCAUUUCAGAUGCAGUUUAGGAGGACAAAACACGUCAAAAGUCACGGUUAACGUUUGCUGUAUGAGUCUAACACGUCUCUAUAUACUGUCAUAUGCAAAAGUUUGAACAGUCUUGGUCAAAUCACAUCUGUUGUUGAUUUCAUAAGUGAAAAUACUACUAAGUUAGCAUAGCCUUUACUAAAUGGUGGUUUCCUGCUAAUUGUAAUUUCAUUUUUAUUUAUUUGUUGAGUUGAACUUACAGGAAAAUAUAUGUAUAUAUAGGCUAAAUAUAAGCUUUUGCAUAUGGCGGUAUUAUUGUGAUUUCUAAACUAUGGGUUUAUGUUAAAUAAGUGCACCAGAUUAAUUACGUAGUUUAAAAUGUGGACCUGUAAAGUUGUUUUUCCAUUGAAUUACAGUUUAGAUCAUCAAUUAUUAUGCGUUGAACAUGACUGUAUAUAUAAUGGCAUAGUUAAUUUUUUUGCUUAUUGUAAAAAUUAUAUAAUGCCUUAAUAAUCAUCCUUAUUAUGGUACCUCUAAACCUGAGACUGUCUGUAUUGAGGGUUUGACAUGAUUAUUCUGUGGUACUAAUUCUCAUUACUAGUUGUUUUGUGUGUUGACUUUCUGUGUGGAUUGUUUUGGAUGAAUACAUUAAAAUAGUAUACAACCCCA